UGACGUAUAAACGCUGCGACCCAUUCGCUGCGAACAAAAUAAACGUGAUUUCCAUGUUAGCGGAGAACUCAAGAUAACUUAGGCUCAUUUAAUAACGAAGUGAAGGAUCGAACGUUGUUGGGAGUGAAAUCUGAUUUUGAUUCCAACAUGAGUUCGUCAAUGCCCCAGAAGCGGUACUACAGACAACGUGCCCAUUCAAACCCGAUGGCGCACCACACGUUUGAUUACCCUGUGUGUCCUGGAGAAAUGGACUGGUCCCAACUUUACCCAGAAUUCUUCACUGGGGACCCGUCUCAGAAGGAGAUCCCCAGAGUUGAGUUUGCAGACAUUGGAUGUGGAUAUGGGGGACUUUUAGUGGAAUUAUCUCCACUGUUCCCCGAAAAGCUCAUGCUGGGAUUGGAGAUCCGGGUGAAAGUGUCUGACUAUGUUCGAGAUCGAAUCCAGGGACUACGGGCUUCUGAACCUGGAAAAUAUCAGAACAUUGCCUGCCUUCGCAGCAACGCGAUGAAGUACCUCCCCAACUUCUUUCUGAAAGGACAGCUCAGCAAGAUGUUUUUUCUCUUCCCCGACCCCCACUUUAAGAAAACCAAACACAAAUGGAGGAUCAUUAGUUCCACGUUGUUGGCAGAGUACGCCUACACGCUGAGAGUUGGGGGUUUGGUCUACACCAUCACAGAUGUGGAGGAAGUUCACAUCUGGAUGGUGAAGCAUUUCACAGAACAUCCUCUGUUCACUCGUGUCACAGAAGAGGAACUGGUUGAUGAUGUCAUCAUAAGUCGUUUGGGAACCUGCACAGAGGAAGGAAAGAAAGUGCAGCGAAACGGGGGAAAGAAUUUUCUGGCUGUUUUCCGGAGGAUCGAAGAGUCCGAUUAACAGUUUGGACACAAGAGACUGAACAAGAACAAGACCCCAGACACUGGGGCUUAUUCUCCCAGCAGACGACCGAUACUUCUCUUUAUUUCAUUAUUGUACAUCAUUACUGAUUAUCUGUCUGAGUUUUAUUUUGGACAUGUUGUGUAUUUCACUUUCUUUUCUAGAUUGGCCAAGAAAAAUAAACUGUAAAAGAAUC